UUGCCUGUUGGUGACUAAUAACACAAUAACAUUGUCUGGGGCUGGAAUAAAGUUGGAGCUGUUUACCCCCACUCUAUAGGGGUUCAAUAUAAAAAGCCAGCGGAGAGCUGUCCAAGCCAGACGCGCUUCUGCAUCUGCGCUGGGACGGGAGCCGACCGGGUCCUCGGGUCUCCCGCGUUGUCCCCGCCGUGUCCGCCGCCGCGCGUGUCUUCAGACCGCUCCCACUGCCCUCACUCUUGGCAGAAAGUUCUUUUUCUUCCCAGUAAAGGCUUCUUGGGCUGAAGGAUAACUUUGAGAUCUGAACCAUCAGAAGCGCUUUGAGGGAACUGAAGUUGUUUGGCUUCGUUUUCCUUUGCGUUUAGUUUGCAGGGAAGGUUUUUUGAUCCCCUUUUUUCAGAAUGGAUUAUUUCUCCAUGAUUUUCUCCCUGCUGUUGGUGGUCUUCCAAGGAGCUCCAGAAACAGUCUUGGGCGCCGAGCUCAGCGCAGAGGCUGAUAAUGGAGGGGAGAACCCCUCUCCCACUGCACCCUGGCGACCCCGCCGGUCCAAACGCUGCUCCUGCUCUUCUUUAAUGGAUAAAGAGUGUGUCUACUUCUGCCACUUGGACAUCAUCUGGAUCAACACUCCCGAGCACAUCGUUCCUUAUGGACUUGGAGGCCCUUCUCGGUCUAAGCGAUCCUUAAAGGAUUUAUUUCCUACAAAGGCAGCGGACCCCAGGAAUAGAUGCCAAUGUGCUAGCCGAAAAGACAAGAAGUGCUGGAAUUUUUGCCAAACAGGAAAAGAACUUUGGACCCAAGACACUAUGGAGAAAGGCUGGAAUACCCAUAAGAAGGGAAGAGAUUGUUCCAAACUUGGAGAAAAGUGUUUUCAUCAGCAGCUAGUGGAAGGAAGAAAAAUGAGAAGGUUGGAGGCCAUCAGCAACAGCAUCAAAACAUCUUUUCGUAUUGCAAAGUUGAAAGCUGAGCUCUACAGAGAGAAAAAAGUGACCCAUAACCGAACACACUGAUGGCAGAUCAUCUGGGCCCUCACUUGGGAGGGUCAUGUGGCCAACUCUACACUGUCUCCACACUGGGACUGGAGCAAGAGCAUCCUCCUUGCUUAGGCCACGUCUUGUUCCAGACUGGCAAAGGACCAAUGUUCUACUUCUAAACACUGCAAGAAAGGUUAUGGAGUUCCCCAGUCUGCUUUCACUGGCUGCCAUCAGUGGUGGCUGCUUUCAUUGCCUCAGUCUCUCCUUGUUUAGGAAAACAGCAGAAGACCCAGAAAAAGCAAAGAGAAAGUGACUUGAGAAUUAGGGUAGUGUCCUCCAGAGUGAGGAGGGGUGCUUUGGCAUGAGGGUGGGGUUUCUGAAGAGAGUCGGAAAGGAGUGCUUGAGUCUGACUCAGGCAUCUGGCACACUGCAGGGAGAAACUCCAAAGUUCCAUGCAAAGUUUUUCUAAGGAAUGCACAAAUUGAAAACACACUCAAAGGACAACGACGAGAGUUUAAAAAA